AUGACCUCCAUUCCCGACAUGGGAGUGUGGACAGAAACGGAUGAAGCGUCAGGAAUAGAACCGGCAAAGCCUGCUGCUAAAGUGAUGGCUCCUAACAGCCAGAAGAAUCCUCGACCAAAGACAACAGUCACUCAACGAGACACACAGCGACCAAAGGCAACAGUCACUCAACGAGACCCACAGCGCCCAUCAAGAUCAGCAACUCAACGAGACACACAGCGACCAAAGACAAUAGACACUCAACGAGACACACAGCGACCAAAGACAACAGUCACUCAACGAGACACACAGCCACCAAAGACACUCAACGAGACACACGGCGACCAAAGACAACAGUCACUCAACGAGACACACAGCGGCCAAAGCCAACAGAUACUCAACGAGACACACAGUGCCCCAAAACAACAGACACUCAACGAGAGACACAGCGACCAAAGGCAACAGACACUCAAGGAGACACUCAGCGCCCAUAAACAUCAGCAACUCAACGAGACACACAGCGACCAAAGACAACAGUCACUCAAUGAGACCCACAGCGACCAAAGACAACAGUCACUCAACGAGACCCACAGCGCCCAUCAAGAUCAGCAACUCAACGAGACACACAGCGACCAAAGACAACAGUCACUCAACGAGACCUACAGUGACCAAAGACAACAGUCACUUAACGAGACACACAGCGACCAAAUGCAACAGACACUCAACGAGACACACAGCGACCAAAGGCAACAGACACUCAACGAGACCCACAGCGACCAAAAGCAACAGACACUCAACGAGACAUACAACACCCAAAGAAAGAACUUCAAAUUAAAAAGCGUGUUCUAG